UCUUUCAUCAUCAUCAUCAUCAUCAUCAUCAUCUCUCCCCUUUAUCUCGUCAUCGUGCAAUCAAUCAAAGUUCUAAAAGGAUGAUAUAAUAAUAUAAAAGUGAUUUUUACAAUCCGGAUCCAAUGAUCCCAUCUUCUCUCUUUCUUUUGCAAGCACAGAAAGAGAGCGAGAGGGUAGCUUAGCUUGGCUUGGUCAGGCGUUGUAGAAAACGGAGUAAGACAAAGAGCGAGAGCUGGUAGGUGGAAGCAGAACCGUCCCAGUUGUGAAGAAGCAUUUGGGUUUGAGAUUCGAGUGUUGGGUCAGGGUGUAUGUGAUUAAUUUCCAUUUGGGAGGCAUUUGGGCGGCUUCCUCUAAAUGCGUCCUUCUCAGAUUGGCAGAGGAACGGCCGGCAGAGUUCUGCUACCGAUUUUCUCUUUAUGGGCUCUGAUCUGUCUCUCCCAGUCCGCUCGAUUAUCCCCUUCCAUGCAGAACCUGGAGGUUCAGAAGCACCUUAGGCGCUUGAACAAGCCCCCAUUGAAAACAAUCCAGAGUCCAGAUGGGGAUAUCAUCGACUGUGUUCACAUUUCUAAUCAACCAGCUUUCGAUCAUCCUUUCCUCAAAGAUCAUAAAAUUCUGACGAGACCUACUUACCACCCAGAAGGGCUAUUUGAUGAGAACAAGGUGUCUGAGAAACCUAAAGAGAGAACAAACCCCAUCAAUCAGCUGUGGCAUUCAAAUGGAAGGUGCCCAGAAAACACAAUUCCUAUUAGGAGAACCAAGGAAGAUGAUGUUCUGAGGGCAAGCUCUGCCAAAAGAUAUGGGAAGAAAAGGCACAGAACCAUUCCUCAACCCAGGUCUGCAGAUCCUGAUCUCAUCAAUCAAAGUGGUCAUCAGCACGCAAUAGCUUAUGUGGAAGGAGAUAAGUUUUAUGGAGCGAAGGCAACUAUCAAUGUAUGGGAGCCCAAAAUACAGCAGCCUAAUGAGUUUAGCUUGUCACAGUUAUGGAUUUUAGGAGGUUCUUUUGGUCAAGAUCUCAAUAGUAUUGAAGCUGGCUGGCAGGUCAGCCCAGACCUAUAUGGCGAUAACAACACGAGACUCUUCACUUAUUGGACUAGCGAUGCAUACCAAGCCACAGGAUGUUAUAACCUCCUCUGCUCAGGCUUUAUUCAAGUUAACAGUGAAAUAGCGAUGGGGGCAAGUAUCUCACCUGUAUCUGGAUUUCGCAGUCCACAGUAUGAUAUCAGUAUACUUAUCUGGAAGGAUCCAAAUGAGGGACACUGGUGGAUGCAGUUUGGAAAUGACUAUGUGUUGGGAUAUUGGCCUUCUUUCUUAUUCUCGUACCUGGCUGACAGUGCCUCCAUGAUUGAGUGGGGAGGGGAGGUUGUGAAUUCAGAGGCUGAUGGACUGCACACCUUAACACAGAUGGGCAGUGGUCAUUUUCCUGAAGAGGGGUUUGGGAAGGCUAGUUAUUUCAGGAACAUUCAGGUUGUUGACAGCUCCAACAAUCUCAAAGCUCCCAAAGGGAUUGGCACUUUUACAGAGCAAUCCAACUGCUAUGAUGUCCAAACUGGCAGCAAUGGGGAUUGGGGCCAUUACUUUUACUAUGGAGGCCCUGGCAGAAACCAAAAUUGCCCAUGAGGACUACUUCAAUGUAAACUCCCUGUCUAGUGUUUUUCUCUCCCUUUCUCUAUCUCAAGCCUGUAACAUGCAUUCCAAAGCUAGUGAGUGCAUUCUCUUUUCUUUCCUUUGUAUAAACAUCCUUUAGAUCUUGUGAGAUGGGGGCAGAAAGGUAAAAUAUGAGCUUUCUAUAGUGUGAAGUUUUGGGUCUUCAUUUAAUAAUUUUAAUUUUGUUUAGUGGUGUUGGACUUGGGAAGGGGGAAAGAUGCUUAAAAAGCUUGAAAGGAACAAAGCCUUUGUGAAGCUGCACUGUAUUUUUAUUUGUAGUUUACUCCUCUCUUAGAGGGGAUGGUUAAAUCAAUGGAUGAAAUGUGGUCCUGUUGAUGUGACAGAGCCUUGUUUUU